AUGCCCCUUUGUGAUGCAGAAGACCUCGAAGGAGUACCCGAAUGUUCCCAAAGCGUCAAUGUCACCCCGAUGAAUAGCCUGGAGGUCACCCCGGACAAUGGGAGCGUUCUCUUGUUCCUCGAUCGCCUCGAGCGCUUCCGCUUCUUGGGUCUUCUUGGCAGUAUAAAAAGGCUUGGAAGAAAUUUCGUCCGCACAAAGCUGAUUGCUUCUCGGCGUCUCUCGAGUUCCAGGCGAGAAGGCUCCCCAUCCGAAGAAAUGGCCUCAGCUGGGAUCCUCAGCAACUGCAGCGAUCAGGGACGAGACACCUGGCAUCAUCCCCUUGCGUCCGGUUUGGAACUUGACGUCGGGAAUUCCCUCCUCGGCAACGUGCAGGGCGAUUGGGUCUCCGGGCCGAAAUACAUGCGACUCUUCGCGGGCAUCGUCGCCGUCUACCUGACCUCCGUGCCGCUCCUGAUCUCCCUCAUGAAGCGGAGAAAGGCGCUGGAGCUGCGGAAGCCGCUCCUGCUCUGGAACGUCGGGCUCGCGAUUUACAGCCUCGUCUGCUGCGUCCGCCUCGCCUCUGGCACUUUCCACUCGGUCAGACGCGAUGGGUUCUGGUCAAACACCUGUGCACCCAAGGAGGAAAGGGAUGUCGACCCGAUCUGGUACUUCUGGCUCUACACGGUCCCCGUGUCCAAGGCGGUCGAGAUGGGGGAUACCCUCUUCGUCGUCCUUCGCAAGAGGCGCCUCACGUUUCUUCAGUAUUAUCAUCAUGCCAUGGCGUGCAUCGUCGCCUCGUUCGCUCUUCACAACUGCGAUGCCACUUAUUCCUAUUAUGCGACCAUGAACGUCGGAGUGCAUGCACUCAUGUACCUGUAUUAUGCAUUAAAGACGGUCGGCGUGCACAUUCCAUUGUCUUACGCCAUGCUCUUGACCUCCAUCCAGAUUUUCCAAUUUUUCGUCGCCAUCUUUCUGCAAGCCUGCGUCUGUUUCCACAUCCUCUCUGGGUACAGUUGCCAUUUGACUCUCUUCUCUUCCAUUACUACUUUCUUUAUGUAUGGCACGUUCACUGUUCUCUUCAUGAACUUCUACCGGUGCAAGUACCUCGGAGGAAAGAAGCUCAAGACAACAUAGAAAUAUAUUUGAACAGCAAUUCAACUAAGUUAAGCCGAGUCAAACAUUUAUUAUGUAUUCUUGGAAUUACGAAAUGAAACAUUGUUAUGUAUUUACUGAGUUUCAGUGAGUUUUGAGAAAUUGUCUAAACAGUUUUCCGCUCGCGUUAAUUCACCUUCAACCAACCUCAGACCAUCGGGAAUUACUUAAUGUUAGAUCACUUUAAAAACAUAUAAUGUAAGAGGCACAGCAAAGAAUAUUUCAAGCCUGAUGUUGUUGCGAUGGAAUUGGACGCAGGA